AUGCGCCCCUUCCUGACCGCCGCAUGGCCGUGCGCUAUCCUCCUCAUCCUUGGCAGUGCGCUACAGUCGCCGGCGGUGGCGAGCUCCGGUGCCGGCCGUCUGGAGUGGCAGGUCAUGACCAGGGCCAACUUCUCGUCCCAGAUCCGGCUCCACCCCCACGUCCUCCUCCUCGCCACGAUGCCCUGGUAUGGUGAGUCCAGAUCACUGAUGGCUGACAUAGAACGUUUGGUUGGUUCCAAUGAGGAGCUUGGUCGCCUCAAGCUGAUGGUUGUAUACAGGAAUUCUGAAAAGUUGCUGACAGAUGCUAUUGGUGCUGCUGAAGGAAUAAAGGUGGUAUACUACCACCGUUCCAUGCAAUUCAAAUAUCAAGGGAAGCUUCGUGCACAUGAUAUACUGUCUGCAGUGCGCUAUAUCAUGUCACUUAAGCAUGAGGAGGCCCCUUUUGAGGUUUUGCAUACACAAGAAGAUGUGGAAACUUUCAUUGAAUCUACCGAUAAAUCUGUAAUCCUUUAUGAAUCCUGUGGAUGGUUCACCAGAUUGGCUCAUGGCGGGAGCAACCAAAGUUAUGAGGCAGCUUCAUCAAAUAACCACACAGAAAAUGUUGACAUUUCUGGGAAGACAAUGACCAGAGAAUCAGAUGGGCCACUAGAGCUUGUUAUAGAGAAUGAAGAACAAACCCUUGGAGUUGGAGGUCAGCUUACUGGUUCUCCUUGGAAAGGUGGUUUUGCCUUGGCAAACGAAAGUGUUUCUGAACAAAUUGGAAACACAAAUGAUGGAUAUAGAAAGUGUACAAUGCAAAAGUUCCAUCAAUUUGAAAGUUUCUAUGCAAAGCUUACUGCUAUAGCAAGAGAAUAUUUGCUUCCCCCAGAAAUAGCUAAAUUUGGUCUUAUAACCGAAAGAUCAUUGUUGCCUUCACUGGAUGUUGUUAAUGAAGGCAACCAGGAGACAUGGUUCGUCACCACUCAUCAUAUGGGAUGCAAAACUUGUUCAGUUAUUGCGAAAGAUGGUGAUGAUCUGAGAAGUCUAGUGCAAUCCCACCAUAAUCUCGGCAUUAAGGAGGUUAGUGCUGAUGAAAGUGGUAGAGAGGCUAUCUUCCCCACAAACAGGCCCUCUGUAAUUCUAUUUAUUGAUAGAUUAUCCCACUCUUCAAAAGUCAGAGAUGAAAGCAAAUUAGUCAUCAAGUUACUAAGGCAGUAUGUGCAAAAUAAUUACCCAUUUCAUGUCAGUAAUGGGGCUCUAAGUAGCAGUACCUCCAAAACACGCUUAAAAGCUGUCCCUUCUUUGAGGAAUACAGGUAUCUCAGAUGCCUAUUCUCAAACAGCAAGGUUGAGUGCUUGGGCCUCUAAGCUUAUGGCACUUGGGGACAAAAUGUCAGUUAUGGUGGUUAAUGAUGGAGAUAGUAUUUCUUACAGAAGUUCUAGCCAAGGUAGUGGUGCUAAUCCUUUAUACGAUGUUCUGACUAAGUUGCUACACAAAGCAAGACCAGGGCAUAGGUCAAAGAAAACAAGGAUAAGUUUAGUUUCACGAGAUGUUGGCCUAAAGAUGUUGUCAGAUGAUUCUGAAAUCAAAGUGGUCAAGUCUCUAUCAGUUGAAGAGAGUGAAUACAAAAGUACUGACGAUGCAUCUGCCACUACAGAUAAUUCCAAUGAUGAUAUUACUGAAGUUUCUGUGGAUGAAACCACAGCAAAAGAGACUGAAUAUAUUGAUGAUGGACAGGCACCAAGUAUACUUGAUAAAUCUCUGGCAACUUACCCUGAUGAACAUGAUAGUGCUCGUGAAUCUAAUGAUACAGAAAUGGAGGACCAAAGCAAAAGUGAAGCUUCAGAUAUGAGUGUUGAUCUUAAGGAAGAUGUCUCCAAUAAUGCAGAUAGUAGUAGUGAAGUUGGAGGUAUGUUGCAUAAACACAUAGUCGAGAAAACAGUUACAGAAGCUUUUCAAAUUUUGGAACAUGAUGAAAGAAACUUGUACGCUGACCAAGAGGAAUCAGUAUCAUCAAACGAGCAAGUUGAUGUAUCUUCAGUCCUGAGUAAAAAAAUCAGUAAAACUGAAGAUGCCAUUUAUGAAAACACAUUCGAUCUAUCUGAAGGAUCAGAAGAAAGUGAUACAAGAUGUCCCCAUCAUGCAACAUGUAGCUCUUCCUGUGUUCCUGUAAGAGAUGACACAGACUUUACUGAUCAGGUAACUUCAAGUAUAUCUGAUGACCGUUUUGCUGGUGCUUUCUACUUCUCUGAUGGUGGUUACAGACUCCUGAGAACUUUAACUGGUGGAUCAAGAAUUCCGUCCCUGGUAAUAAUUGAUCCAGUUCAACAAAAACAUUAUAUAUUUCCCGAGGAAAGCGAGUAUAGCUAUGCUUCUUUACAAAAUUAUCUUGACAGUUUUAUGAAUCAAAGUCUUUCUUCAUAUUACCGUGUUACCUCAUCAGCUAUAAGUUCGAAGGAGCUUCCAAGACCACCUUUUGUUAAUCAUGAUUUCCAUGAGGCAAAUUCGAUCCCACAGUUAACAGCAAGUAGUUUUUGUCCAUUAGUCUUUGGACCCAGAGGUUGUGAUUCAAAAAGUGAAGCAUCAUCAUUUUCAAACACUGAAAAUAUUGCAUCUGGUUGGAACAAGGAUGUAAUGGUGCUUUUCAGCAACUCUUGGUGUGGGUUUUGUCAGCGAGCAGAGCUGGUGGUCCGUGAGUUACACCGAUCAUUUAAGAGCUUUUCGAGCUAUUCAGAUUCUGUAUCUGCAAAUGCUCAAGAUGUCCACAAUGAAGAGAAAAGUGAAGAAUAUGUGAUGAAGGGCUUUCCUGCGAUUUACAUGAUAGACUGCACGUCAAAUGAAUGCCACCAUUUACUAAAAUCUGCAGGCAUGGAAGAACUUUAUCCGACAUUAUUACUUUUCCCUGCGGAGAACAAAAGUGCAAUAGCAUAUGAAGGGGGAAUGUCAGUGCCUCAUUUAAUCGAAUUUUUGGAGUCUCACUUUAGCAAUUCUCGCCAUCUAUUGGAAUAUAAAGGAUUUAUGUGGAAGAAGAGAAUGACAACACAGCUCGAUGCACCACAGGCAAUUCAGUUCCAAGUCAGUGAUAAAGGCAGCGGCAAUGUUGGUUCUGAGUUAUCAAGUCAUCCAGAUGUCGUUACAGGAUCCAUCCUUACUGCCACUGAGAAGCUUGGGACCGCAGUUCCAUUUGAUAAUGCCAAAGUGCUCAUUGUGUCAUCUGAUUCUCAUGAAGGCUUUCAUGGCUUGAUCAUCAACAAGCGAUUAAGCUGGGGUGUCUUCAAGGAUCUGGAUAGCUCGAUGGAGCCUAUUAAGCAUGCCCCACUUUUCUAUGGUGGGCCUGUCGUGGUGCAAGGUUAUCACCUUGUGAGCUUGUCAAGAGUAGCCUGGGAGGGGUACAUGCAAGUAAUACCAGGCGUCUAUUACGGGAACAUAGUUGCCACAAGCCGGGUAGUCACACGGAUCAAGUUGGGCGAGCAAUCUGUCGAAGACCUGUGGUUCUUCCUAGGCUACUCGGGGUGGGGAUACAGCCAACUUUUUGAUGAACUAUCUGAAGGAGCAUGGCUUGUUAGUGGGAAGCCGAUUGAGCAUUUGGACUGGCCGAAGAGUUGA